AUGAACAUUUCACUUGCUGAUGCGAAGAAAAAGGCGAAGAAGGGAUCGAUUGGAUAUGGACUAAACAAGAGAGGUGCAUCAGGGGAAAAUAUCAGCGACGCUUUCGAUGGUAGUAGCAGUAGUGAUGAAGAGGUGGGCGACCAACAAUCCUCGAAUCGGGGAAGAGUCAACCAACAAAUUGCAAAAGAACAGGAGGCUCUACGAAAGAGGGCGCAAUCAGCUGCUUCUGUGGUCGAUGCCAGCGUUUAUGACUAUGACGGUGCUUAUGACUCUUUCAAACCAGCUUUAAAAGAAGAAACUUCCAAGGGAAACGACGAGAGGAAGAGUAGAUACAUAGGUGAUCUGUUAAAGGCAGCGAAGAAACGCGAAAGAGAACGUGAUGUGGUUUAUGAGCGUAAAGUUGCCAUGGAACAAGCGGAAGAGGAUUUGCAAGCAGACUAUCAGGGGAAAGAAAAAUUUGUGACCAGAGCCUACAAACGAAAACUAGAGGAACGGAAGCAGUGGGAGCUUGAAGAAAAACAGAAAGACGACGAAGAGGAACAGAACGAUGUGACGAAAAAGGUUGCAGGUGCCGCGUUUGCUAGUUUCUAUGGUAAUUUCAAUCGGAAUGUUUCAAUUGGUGGUGGUGGUGGUGGUGCAGAUUCCGAAGAGGAAAAAGAAGACAAUACCUUGCACGAUGAUGUGAAUUCGCAAACGUUGGAGCAGUUGGAAGAAAGAAAAUUGGGCUUCAUGGACGGUUUCGAGCGCGAUGAUAAAGCAGCAAAACCAACCAACCAGAUUGGCGUGGGUCAAGAAGUCGCAAGGGGGCAUAAAGAACCACAAAAGGCUUCUGCAUUUUCACAGAGAGAAAAGCGAGAAAAGAAGGUCGCAGAAGCGAAACGACGGUAUCUGGAACGAAGAGCUGCGGCAGUUGUACAGCAAUAA